CCAGGGGUGGGGGGCGCCAAGUGAACGGUGGUAGUGGUGGUGGUGGUUGUCGAGUAGUUGCACUUGACCCAAGUGCGAUUAAUUAAUUAGCAAAAGGAAUAACCGACCGGCGUCAAGAUGCCGAUGGUUUUUCUCGACCGUUUACCGGUCCCGAGUCUACGCGCUUACACCUCGAUAAGCAUCGCGAUAUUGUCCUGUUCGGUUUAUUACGCUGCACAGAUCGUCAAGGAUCCAGGAUGGCGGAAUAAUCAUCCGAACUCCUUGGUCGUCGCUGGAGGAAACAACACCGAUAACAACGCAUCGGCCAUCGUUGAUUCCCGAACCCUUGGUGUUCACAUGAGGGAACUCUUCGCCUGCAUGGUUCAGGAGCCGGGAUGCAUAUGGACGCUGAUAAACAUGGCGUAUUGCGUUUUGAUACUCGUCGGUAAAUCAAUUCAGAAAUUGGUUUUUGGCGAGCUUCGAGUUUCCGAGCGACAACACCUUAAGGAUAAAUUUUGGAACUUCGUUUUCUACAAGUUCAUAUUCGUUUUUGGUGUACUCAACGUACAGUACAUGGACGAAGUCGUCCUUUGGUGCGCCUGGUUUACGGCUCUUGGAUUUUUGAGCCUCCUCAGUCAGCUGUGCAAAGACCGUUUCGAAUAUCUCUCCUUCUCGCCGACGACUCCCGGGUGGAGUCACGUUCGACUUUUGGGUCUCCUUACCGCGAUCCUAGCUCUUUCGUCAUUCAUGUUGUUGAUGUGCAUCGCGGCUGGUUUUUUCUUCGUGUCGUUCAACACGUUCGCUUUUAUGGCAGCCGAGUGCAUUUUAUUGGGGGUGAGAACGGUCCACGUUAUGCUACGAUACGCAAUACAUCUCUACGAUACCCGAGGAGCUGGUAACACGUCGCCACGUUCUUGGGAUAAGCGAGGUCCGCUAGCCUAUUACACAGAAUUAACGUCCGAACUUACAAUCCUGGCCGUAGACUUCCUUCAUCACGUUCACAUGCUGCUUUGGAGUAAUAUAUUCCUGAGCAUGGCUUCCCUUGUUAUUUGUAUGCAGCUCAGAUAUCUAUUCCAUGAAAUUCAACGACGUAUAACAAAGCAUAGAAAUUAUCUCGCUGUGCUUAGUCACAUGGAACAAAACUACCCGAUGGCGUCGCAAGAGGAACUAGCCGAGAAUUCCGACAACUGCGCUAUUUGCUGGGAAAAAAUGGAAACUGCUCGGAAACUACCUUGUGGACAUUUGUUUCACAACUCUUGUCUGCAGUCUUGGCUAGAGCAGGACACUUCCUGUCCAACGUGCAGAUUGGCCCUGAGUAUGCAAGCCAAUCACAGGGAAAACGCUCCCGAAAUACCCUCCGAAUCCCCUACACCUGCGCGUCGUAACGAUAAUCACUUCUUCCACUUCGACGGAUCCAGAUACGUCUCUUGGCUGCCUAGCUUCUCCGUCGAGGUCACCCAUAACAGGAUCAGAGGCGAUAUUUCUGCAUUGGCGCACACCAAUUCGCAGCUUGAUGCUAUGGCUAGACAGGUCCAACAGUUGUUUCCCUAUUAUCCUCGCAAUGUGAUUCUCGAGGACUUGAGAGGGACUCGAUCGAUCGAAAUCACAAUUGAGAACAUCCUGGACAGCAGGCUUUUGCCUCCGCACCACGUUAUUGAAGAACCGGAAGUAGAGCCAGCGACUACGACGCAAACCACAACAGCUCACAUCUUGCCCAUUCCUUUAGUCCAAGACACCUUGGAUCCGAGACUCGAUAUACCAGCAGCUGAUAGCGGAGAAGAGCCGUCCAAUCUCGGUGGACGAUUCUCGAAAUCGUCAAUGGAAAGGGAAAGGAUCUUGCAGCGUAGAAAAGAGCACAUGCUUCUUACGGCUCGUCGGAAAUACUUUGAGAGACAUCCCCAUCAUAAUGAGUCUGAUACAUCGUUGGACGUUUCGUCCCCCGUGCAUCCGAACAACGUUACACCGAGGAUAAGCCUUUCUCAUAACUGAAAAGGAGCCACCGCAAUGCUUGCCGGAUCGCAGCUUAUUAAUCUUCGACUAUAAAACACAGUUCAGAUUGUCGAUGCGAUCGAGCUGUGAAUGAUUUAGUCUAGACGAACUCUCUCGUUCAUUGAUCUCCGUUUUACAAACUCGGUGGAGGUAGAAAGCAAGAGUGAGAGGGAGAAAAAGCAGAGAAAAAACAGAGAAAAAUAAGAGGUAAGCUCACGAGGAGAGUAAAUCAUCAUUUUAAUACUCGCGCCGAAGAAUGAUAUUUAUUAUUGGAGGCUCGCCGCUUUUCAUUUAAUGAUAAUAUAUGUAAAAAUAUUUAAAAACUUUCGCUGUUACACCCACCUGAUUUAACUGUGUGCGAUUUUCUGCCUAUGACGAUGCGAGUUUUACCCAAUCUCAAGGCACAAGAUGUUUUCUCCAAUUUACUCGAUGAUACCGAGAAAAGGAGAUCACUCCAUGAUUUGCUACGGCUUCAAUUAUUCAAUAUUUCGUCCUUAGUCGAUAUGCGUCUAUCGCAGGGUUAUUGACACAAAUUUGAGAAACGGUUACGGAUAUUUCGUUACACGAAUGGCUGCUUCAUUCGGAAUUUUAUCAAACUGAAAAUUUCAUUCUAAAGGUAUGGAAAUUGAGCAAGUAUAGGUAGACGUUCCCACAGUUGAAGAUUUUUGGCGGUUGCCUACGUACUGCGAAAUAGAUCAUGUUUAGCAUCGCAGACGUGCUUAUAGUGCUUUACGUACACACGUAUGCUAUACCAACCAGUAAACACGACAUUAAAAUUGACAAUCAAUGGCUCACUCAUAAGUUGAUAAAUGUUACAAUGCGUGUUUCGAAAUAAUCUUUAACAAUUGAUUUAAUUUAUUUAAAAAACAAAAAAGAACAAUUUUUUCUCCUCGUAUUCUGGUACGUCUGUACACUAUAUAUUUCGUGAUAAUAAUAGUAAUAAUAAUUAGUUCUGCGUUCCACUAAUCGCAUCGUAGUUUUAAUUCGCCUUCCGCAUCACAGAGUGCAUUGUACUUUUUGUUAGUUACUAACUAUGUAGCAAGCCGAUCAAACUGCUUCAUUGUUCUCAACAAUUAUGUCUCGUACUUUAUUAUCACGAUUCCAUGUGUCCAGUCCACUUGUGAAAUUGCUAAAUAAAUGAAAAUGAACAAAUCGUGGGUGCCCGACAGUAGAGAAAAAUAUAUUGGAUAACUUUCUUGCGCAAGUAUAAUAGUACCUGAAGUGAGAUUAUAAAUCAUUCGAUUUUUACUUUUGAAUUAAUAUAGUUCCGUGUUAUAAUUACUUUUAUUCUUACAAUCUUCCAUCUGUUUCACGCAACCUUGCCAAAAAUUAUUUAGAAAA